AUGGCUUCGGAGCAGAUGUCGACGGGGAAGCUGUAUGCGGCCCUCAUAUCGAGGCUGGAAAACGAUAAGGCGGAGCUGGAGAGGGAGAGGAACUUUCUGAAGAAGGAGCUGGCAAUCCAGACAUACCGGAACCGCAAGUUGGAGAAAGAGAUAGAGGAGCUGAAGAAACGAGACCGGAAACAAACUGCGUCAGCGCGGCUACCAAAACCACGAAUUGCAAAUGUGAGGAGGCCUGUAGAACUGGCAGACAGCGACUCGGACUGUUCAGAGAGCACCACAACUACGACCGACACCGAACUAGAACGAACACCGGCCCCCUCUCCAAAGCUGUCGCCUGAAAUGAGACCAGUAACAACGCCACAGACAGUCAUGCCGUUGUGGAUGGCUCUUGCCGAAGAAACGAUACCCGAACGAGCAGGUUCAAGCCACGAGAUAACCACGCCCCAGCCUCCCCCACUGGAGGAAGAUGCAGAUGACAAUGGGACCCCACUGGAGAAAGAUGAUGACAACGGGACUGACGACAAUAUCAUCACAAACUCAUCGAAUCUUUGGGAUGAUUGGAAUGAGACAGCGGCGGUUUCUAAACCCUAUUAUGGUAUGGGGAAGUUGGUGGAGUUACCAGGAGGGAUACAAACAGCCUUGACGAUUGACCAUUUCGGGGUCAAAGUCAGGUUGAUCAGGGCAGAUCCAGAACAUUAUGUAUCUCGGCUUAGAUUCAUGUGGUUCAGAUAUAGGUGUAGGUUUGGGUGUAUUUGUGGCAAGUGUAGUACAAAGACGCUCGAUUACUCAGUAACUAGAAGGUUUAAGAUCGUGGAUGAUGAGUUGCAUUUAGACGAGGAAACCGAAGCGGAUUGCGGUAUAGUUUCAGAGUUAGCUAUAGAAGCGGAGAAGGAUCUUGAGGGGGAAAAUAACGCUCAUGUCGGGGUACAUGACGAGACAGGAUAA